AUGGUGCCGGAUUUUUCGGCAGAAGACAGAUAUGUUCGUCAUCAGCGUGGAUUAUUCGUUACCGUCCUGCCUCGAGCACUGACAACAACUGCGGUCAGUCCGCAGCCACUUGCCCACGGCAAGAUGCUUCUGCCGGCACCGGCUCCACAGGUUGUCCCUCAUGCUCAACCAGCACAAUUGCAGGAUGUGCAGCGCGAUCUUCACAGCGUGGUGCGCAGUCUGCAACGACAGGUCGACGAGCUCCAGGACAUGGUGCGAUCUUUGCAGCAGCCUUCGACAAGUGAGGCUGUUGACAGACCGUCCGCCACGGUUCAUGAGGCAUCGCCCUCAACAGCUGCACCGAUCAUGGCGCGCACGCCGUCAGAGGAAGCGCUGUUGCAGAUGUAUCGGCAGCGGCGGGCAGAGGUUGAGGAGUGCCGCCCGGAGGUCCCUCCAUCAUUCCGCCAGCGGUCUAAGGAGAGCGCGGAGAGUUUGGAAGCGCCUGUACCCUCAGCACAAGACAGCGUGCCUGAACGCCGGCGGCAGGCGCCAACACGCUCGUGGUCCUUGGGGACGUGCCGAGGUCCCAACCUCUGGCAGGUUCUUCAACACCGACUGGGACUGCACCCCCAGGACGUGCAGACUAACCAGCUCGGAAGGCGCCCGAAGUUGACAGCGUCCAAGGAGCGUGCUGCCGCUUCGGCAGUACCCUCAUCUGAAGAGGUGACGCGAAAUAUGUCGUGGCGAGAGAUUGCCGACUACAUUGCCGAAGAUCUCCAGACCCGCUACGGCUGCUUGGAGGUGGCCGCGGCAACCGCUGCCUUCGCUCUGCAGAUGUGCACCGAGCACGACAUCAACGCCUGCUUGAUGCAAAUGGGUGAAGGCGAAAAAGGACUACGAUCUGCCCCGCUGUCGACAGUGGCUGGGCAUUUGCCGAGCGUCAGCUUCGGUGCCCAGGCUUUCGAGGACGCCCUUCUCGACGUCCUGCAGGUGCGCAUCUCUCGGAAGUGCGCCCGGCGCCUCUUCCGGCUGCUGGCCGCGGUGCCUCGGCCCUCCGCCUCCAUCAGCAGUGGCGUGGGCAGCUCUGCUGAGCUGCCCCAGUUGGCGCAGCCUGAGCUUUGGGCAGUGGACGAGGUACAGAGCUCUGCAGGCCGCGUGCAAAAGCCUGUAGAGGUGAAGGCGCAGACUGCCCGACGAUCAGGCGCUUCCGUGAGGGCUCCUACUUCUCGUUCCCCGGAACGGCGGGAGUCCAAGAUCUCCGCAGGCCGGGGACGACCUGCUGAGGCGGCUCCUGCCGAUCCUGCGCCACCUGCGCUGCAGAGGAGUCCUGGUGGCGUUCACCUGCAAGAGCACAUACGGAAGCAUUGGCAGCACGGUCUCAGAAGCGACAGCGCAGACGCAGAUCGGCAAUCACCACAGCCUGCAGCGAGGAAGCCCUCCUUGCUGAGCCAACGCUCGGUUUCGGGAUCGAGCCUUGCGCCACCACGAGCAUCGGGAGCAGCGGCCACGAUGAACAAGCGUGACCGCGAGGCCUGGCGCAGAGAGCUCUCGCUUCAGUCUCUGCUGGACUUUGAAGCAGAGGUGCGAGCGCGGCAGGAGCACCCAUCAUCAGCAACGUCCAGCGACCACGAGCCACAGCGCGAGCCGCCUGCAUCCUCGCCACGGCCCGCUGCGGGGGAGCCCUUUGACUCGCCACCCUGUUCGGUUAGGCUGCGGAAUGUGGAGGAUCACCACAAGGUGGCGCAGCGAGAAUCCGAGACGAGGCCGGCCACCCAUGUCGAAACGCAGAGGCAGUCACCCUCGAGCUUGGAGGCCAUCCCAGCCACUUGGCAGAACCGGCGGCGGUCCAUCUGA